CAGUACCGGGUACCGGAUGCGGAUGCGGACACGUGCGUGGCCCGCAAAUCUCUCGCCGAAUCUCGACAAGUCCUGACUUGACGCGACCCCCACAAGUUCAUAGUCUAGAGUUCAGCCGCUGUUCAGUUGCUCUGCGUGUGGAGAUCCCCCCAUCACUUUUUUUUUCGUUUGCUCUUGUCACUUUCUUACCUUGAUUUUUUUUUUUUGGUUUUUUUUGGGAUUUUUUUCCCGGUGGUGUGCUGUGUUUUUGUUUUGAGUGCGAGUUUUUAGUUGCCAGCAAUUGCUGCUGCCAGUUUGCAAUUAAAGACCAGCCCCAAUGCAAAUGGCAAAUGGGCUAACUGCAAGCAGUGUGGGGCUGUGCGACUUAAAGAACCAUAACCGAGAGGCGAAAUAUUAAAUACUAAAUGCCAGCCGCCCAGGGAAAACCAGUUCGGUCCGCCUGUUGCCUGUCGGCAUUUUGUUGAAGUCACUGCCCCAGUCACGGUCACAAAUCGCAGUCACAGUCACAGUCCCAGUCACCGACACAGGCAGCACCAUCAGGAUCUGCAUCUCCCCGAGGUGUCCUGAGCGACCAUCCAGCCACUUUGAGUGUGAACAGUUAUUGGCAUGCCACGCCCCCGCAGAGCAGAAAAGGGGCUGGAACGGAAACAGGAGCCGGAAGAAGAAGCGUAAAUAAAUAUGAUAAAGCUUAAGAAUAUAUAAUAAAGGGGAGCAGACGACGCAGAGAAGGGAAAGUUUAAAUGAAAUAACGCAAUAUAAAAACAUAAAUAACUAAGGAAAGAGCCGAGCAAGGGGAAGAAGCAGCAGAAGAAGGGGCCAGCGCAGAGAAGAGCCCAAAAAAGUAGGCAACAAAAAGGCGGCAGCUGAGAAUCCGUGAAGCUGGCCGGCGCUACGGCAAGGUGAGGCAUACUUUUGGGCUCCCCCGAACGAAAGAGGAAUCUCCGGCUCCGGGAUAAGCAGCCGAAUCUCGCCCAGAACCCAGGGAGAUAGAGGAGGAUAGCGUAGAGUGGAGAGGAGAGGAGAGGAGAGGAGAGGAGCAGCGCUGGGCAGCCGGACAAGAGAGAAUAGAGCUCAAUUACGCCGCCAAACUGUCGUGUCAGCAACAACGUGAAAUGUGCAAUUCCUGGCUGGUGCUCAUAAUUGCGCUCUCCGUUGUCGUCUGCCUGUGGAACUCGCAACAAACCGAAACAUCCAAAUCAUGCCCAGCCGAGUGCAUCUGCUUGUCCCAGACUCAAGUGCUGUGUAACACGGGCGGCCUCGAGCAGAUCCCCCUGCGCCAGCUGCCGGCGACGGUGGAGAACCUGGCGCUGACCAAGAACAACUUCCCCAUCAUCAAGCCGGACUCGUUCGCCGGCCUGCGGGCGCUGAAGAAGCUCUCGCUGGACGGUAACAACAUCACGCGGAUCAAGCAGUUCGCCUUCCGCGGCCUGCCGCGCCUCAAGGAGCUCUCCAUCCAGUACACGCCGCUCCAGAUGGUGGCCCAGUUCGCGUUCGCCGGGCUGCAGAAUCUGUCCACCAUCCUGCUGAGCCACAACCAGAUCCAUCGGAUCGAGGGCAACGCCUUCGCCGGCACCUCGAACAUCAAGCUGAUCCUGCUGACCAACAACCCGCUGAUCCGCAUCGACAGCUCGGCCUUCUCCAGUCUGACGAACGUGGGCCACUUGAUCCUGCCCUCUGGCAUCCGGAGCAUCGAACAGGACGCCUUCUUCGGCAUGGACACGGUGGGUCUGCUGAAGUUGGCCUACAUGGACCUCAAGGAGGUGGCUCCGUUCACGUUCCGUGGUCUCUCGAACGUGCUGCUGCUCACGCUGCAGGAAUCGGAUCUGGGCAUGAUCUGUGCAGAUGCCUUCACCGGUCUCAGCCAGGUGGAGACGUUGCAGAUCCUGAACAACAAGAUCGACUCGAUCGAGGAGCUGAACUUCACCAGCACGGCGGCCAUCAAGCACCUGAAGUUCUUCGGCAACCAUGUGCUGGAGACGCCCGAUCCCAAUGCGAUCAUCGUCGACGGGGUGGAGCACCUGCAGCUGGUGAGCAACCAUUUUCCCUGCGGCUGUCACAUCCACACCCUGCUCGAUGGACCCCUGGCCGAGGGGGCCCACAAUCUGAGCGACUUCCUGCAGAAGAACUACUGCAUAUCGCCGCUGGAGGUCAACGGGCGGGUGAUGAGCGAGCUGGACAUCGACUCCAUUGGCCGCUGCUCCGAUCAGCUGACCAAGGGCAAUCUGGGCAGCUCGGCGGCCUCGCUGGCCCUCGGGAUCAACUCGAUGCUGCUCAUCGCGGUGGCCAGCUGUGCGGAGUGGCGACAUGUCCGUCUUCUGGCCAACCGGCUGGCGCAGCUCCUUGGCCACGUGGCCUGGCGAAGGCGUCGGAAACGGCGGAAGGGCAAUUAGGCGGAGGUCUCCUGCGACGACUACUGGAGAGAACUGCAGACUACAUCUCAAGCAGCGAAUUCAAGCUUCAACACUCCCUGCCAUUAAACCCCUUUCCGAUUGUUACCAGGGUAUUUGUCAUCUAUUGCAUAAACUUGGAGUCUCCGUAGAUUGAAAAUGCGGGUCUUAGAUUGGCAAUGCAGUUUUUUGCUAUCAUCAUGCGGAAUCUGAGAAACUGGAACUGGAACCCUUCUUGCUAUUCGCCAUCCUGCCCUGCCCCGAAAAAUGCUGAACCCUAGGCUAAUCCUGCAUCCAGGACACUGCAUCCUGCGUAUCCUUCGCCCGAGGGCCCAAAACUACAUUCGUUUGUUAGUUGUUUACGUUUCUGUUGCCAUUUCGCUCUGUUUGCGUUAAAUGUGAAGCGCGGGCAGUGGCAGUCUGCGAAAUGCAAAAUGCGAAAUGCUAAAUCCACAAUGCGAAAUGCGGACUGCGGAUUGAACACUAAAUUAUUAUAUCAAAUUUCGAGUCAAAUGUGUGUAAAUCAUAAAGUGCACACAUGCGGACGAGGGCAUAGACAAAAUCCAAUGUAAGCGUAUUUGUAUUUCCAUUUCUAUUUGUAUAUGUGACAGUUAAAUAUAUAUAAACCUAGCUAUAUGUAUGGAAGAGAAUUUUUUUUUAUCAUAGUUGAUAGUUCAUAAAUAACUGGGAUAUUUAUUGGCCAAUUAAUAAAGAUGCAAUUUAUACAAACAUCUACAUAUAUGUGAAAAUAAACAACAGCAGAGGCAUAAUCUGCAUUACCUAGCCAGAUGGAUAUAGUAUAUAUAUAUAUAUAUAUGCAUACAUCCGAAUGCAUAGCCAGUCUAGUCAAUUAAUGCCACUGUAUCUUGUAUCUUUGUAUCUACGAUAGCUAUUCUAAAGCUAGCUAAAACCAAAACACACAAACACAAAUACCAAAAGCAAACAAACAUUUGUACUUAUUUUAUAAAUCGAGUGAAACUAUACGAGUCCGCUAUAUACGGAGCACACACUAUUAUUAUAUGGAUAAAUAUGUGAUAAAACGUUUGCAAUGCCACAAACUCACAGAUCUAGGGGGCGAAUGGGCGGUGUGCUAUGGAUAUACCUGUAUCUUUAUCUAUUCCAACCGCCCAUUUUUACCCGCACUGCAGGCUGUACAUAUCAACAGGUUACAGGUGGAGAACUCUUAUCAAUUACUAACUUGCUUAUCGGACAUGUAAAACAAGGAUAACUACCAUGUACAUUUUAUAGCGAAGCCCAAACUAGCCCAACUAUAUUUAUAAGUCAGCCUCCGAAAUGCAAUUCGAUCUAACAGAAAAUUAAAUGUGUAAAUUAAAACAAUUUGUCCAAACAAUUUGCCGCAGAACGCAAAUCAAAUGAAACAAAACAAAACAGAAAAACCCAAACAAAACAACCGAUUUGUUCCGGCAAAUCAAAAAAUCUCUCUUCAAGCAAAUUGUUUUCUAGGUGUAUGAGUAGUAUCUGUGUUUCGCCUGCGUUUCGUGUGUGUGUGUGUGUGUGCGUGGUUGUGUGUGUGUUUGCAUAUCCUUUUUUUGAGGCCCAGGAGAAUUGUUAUUCCAAUUAGACGUGUUAACGAGCGAAAGCAUUGCGCAAAAUAACACACAAGAUACGUGCAAUAUAUACACUUAGAUAUACAAAAAAUAUACUAACGACUAGAUAUCGAAGUGUUUUUUUUUGUCACCCAUAAUAUUUAUGAGAAACAUUUCCUCGUCAACCCUAAAGCUGCUAUAUAAAAUUACAAAAAAAAAACCAACUCUAAUACCAAACUAAUAGUACUUAUAGUGAAAGGUAAAACUAGAAAAUAUCGAUUGUUAAUACUGCGAUAACGUCUUCGAUUAAAUGUAAAAUAGCAUAAAUGUGUGACCUAAGUAAGUUCCCAUCAUCAUUAUUUCGUGUCUAAACUGGAGCAUCGAGUUGCAGGUGCAGAGGAGAGCCGUCAUAAGCACAUUGCAUUAAAACACUAAAUAUAUAUAAUGUUAACUCUAGGCUAAAUAUGAGAUAUACAGGUGCAUAACGAUAACGAUAAUGAGAUACCAAGCUACAAAAGGAAAACUAAGCCCAAGGAAAGCAAAAAAACGAAUACCAAACUAAAACCUAUGAAAAAUUGAUAAUCUAUAAUAAUAAUAAUCAAACCUACUAUCGAUGAGGAAGCCAAAAAAUAAAAAAAAGAAAAGGAAAAACAAAAAAAACAGAAUGAGCGAAACAAAAACAAACAUAAUAAAUUCAAA